AUGAAAAGACAAUUCAAGGAAAUUCAAGAUAAGUUACAAAAGAAGGAGGAAGAGCUUAAAUCUUUCCUCCACACUCAAUUUGAAGCUCUUAAACUUAAAAAUUCUCAGCUUGAAGAAGCUCUUAGAGAACUCUCCAAAAAAAAUGAAGAAAUUAGAAUUGAUAACAAGAAGAUUCAAGAAGAAAAUGAUAAUCUUCAAAGGAAUAACAAAUUAUUUGAGGAUGAAAAAGAGCAAUAUGAGAAGAAUGAAAUUCAAAGAAAGAUUCUAAUCAAGAAACUCAAAAAUCAACUCAAACUAAGUCUUGCAGUACAAAAUGUGGACAGACAAAACCUUUCUACAUUGAUGAAUUCAAAUGUAAAUGUUGCCCAAUCAAUCAAACAACUUAUGGACAUUAUGAAAGAAAGCAAAGAUAUUUUAGCUGAAGAAAAGGAAGCAGAAACAAUGCCAAAUUCUAAACCUCCAAGACCUGAAAGUUCAUUUGAAGCCUGGGUUUCCAAUGGUAAGAAACAAAGGUAA